AUGCUCGAGAGAUUCUGGGAGCAACAUCCGGCUCUGUUGAACGCUAUGCUGUCCAGGAGGGUGAGGAGGGGAGAAGCCCUGUUGGCAGUGAAUGAGGACGACAUGACUCUGAUACAGGAAAUCAUCAAGCUGAUGUCCCCUGUCAAAGUGGCCACUACACUUCUAAGUGAAGAAAAAAGCCCAACCAUCUCAAUGAUCGCCCCAAUACAAGCUAAACUCCACAAACAAUUCUCUGAAGACAACACUGACCUGCCAAUCAUUGCAGAUAUGAAGCAGCGCUUCAGACAAGAUUUUUCUGAUCGUUACUUGGAUCUCCAAGAACUCCUCAACAAUGCAUCUGCCCUUGAUCCCCGAUUCAAAGACCUGGCUUUCCUUGAUGAUGUCGACUCCAGAGACCUCAUCUUCAUGAAAAUAACAGCAGAGGUGGUGAAGAUGAACGAGAAGGCAGGACACAGUGUUGCACUGGAUGAAGGAGAGGCAGAUGAAGAAGGAGACGACGGAAGCCCCAGCAUAGGGGAAAGGAGAGAUGAUGAUGCCUCGCCCUCUCCUAAAAAGAAGACUGCCAUGGACCAGCUGUUUGGAGAGUUCAUCGCCACAAGAACACCAGUGAAGAGCAUGAGGGAGAAAGCUAAGGAUGAAAUUUCAAAAUACAGACAGAGAGAUUCUUUAGAACUAGGUGGUGAUGUGUUGCAGUGGUGGAAAAAGCAGGUGGACCUGCCACUCCUUUCAUCUUUAGCCAAAGAUUACUUGUCCAUCCCAGCAACUAGUGUGUCCUCUGAGCGAGUCUUUAGCAGUGCAGGGAAUAUUGUCACUGCCCAACUGUGUGACUCUGACGGUCUGUGA